UGUUUCUGUGAAUCGGAAAAGUGUGUGUUUGAAAAAUUGCGUUGCAUAGUAAUAGUAAACGUUUGUCGCUUAUAAAAUUGGUGACAUCGUACAAUUUGGUCCGUCGUUUAAACGAGGGUCGAAACAAAUCGAAAGCGAAUCAAUUUGACAACCGUGCUUGGUUUGGUGUUCGGCGUUCGAAAACGUCCCAACAGUAUCAGGAUCCGGGUGCACAUCACACGAACGGAACGACCGACACGCAAAAAACCACGCGAACAUUCCCUCGCCAAACAUCAAAAUUGACAGUCGGCUAACUGCGACAGAUCGACAAACCGCAGACCAAAUUUCGGCAGACACAGGCAAAAUUCCAGUGUAUAAUCGAAAACCGGCGCGUAGAACAUGCAAUGGAUGUGAGGUUGGCACCAGUGGCGAGUACACGACACGCGCACGCGCCGCCUUCCACAAAAAUAUGGCAGGUCGUAACAACUUCGAUGAUCGCGACGGAAGUAAUUUCGGGCGUCGUGGGGGCGGCAGGAAGCCGCUGCCGAGCGAGCCACCUUUCACCGCCUACAUAGGGAAUCUGCCGAGCGGCAUCGUGCAGGGAGAUGUGAACAAGAUCUUCAAGGAUCUGGCCGUCAAGAACGUGCGUCUGGUUAUGGACAAGGAGACGGAUCGGUUCAAGGGUUUCUGUUAUGUCGAGUUCCAUACCAGUGAGGAUCUCGAAUCGGCCAUCCAGAUGAACGGGAUGGUCGAAGUUAAUAGACAGCUGAUAAAGAUUGAUGUGGCUGAAGGCAAAAGGAACGACCGUGGCGGCGGCUUCGACCGCGGCGGACGCGGCAGGGGAGGAGGCCGCGGUGGCGGCUUCCGCUCCGGCGGCGACCACCGUUUCGGCGGCUCGACCGAGGACUUUGACCGACGCGGCGGCGGCGGUGGUGGGGGCCGUAACUUCAACGACAGAGACCGAGGCGGCGGCGGACACCGCGGCAACUACGGUAACUUCGGCGGGGGUCCGAACGACGACGGUCCGCCGCAGGGAGGCGGCAGAGAGUGGGGUGGACGCGGUGGCCGGGACGGAGGCGGUAGGGGCGGUCCGGGAGGUUACAGCGGCGGCUGGCCGCGACAGGACAACAGGAGGAGCUUUUCGGAGGAUCUGCCCAAUCCCAUGCCAGACACAUCGGGAAGACCGAGAUUGAAGCUGCAGCCGCGGACGAUCGCCGAUCCGGUUAACUCGCUGGCCGAGACGUCGCAAUCGUCGACGAUAUUCGGCGGCGCGAAGCCUCGAGAGGAGAAGCCGGAACGCCAGUAGAGACACGGAGUCCUAGAACCUAACUUUUCAAGAAUAAAACUAAGAAAACAUAUAUAAAAAACUCAAAAACAAAAAAAAAAACAAUUUAAUUAAUGAUAAUUUUUAAUACAUAAAAAUGAAUGCAACCGGAUCAUGGAACAACAUACAGAUGUUUAGUAGUUGAAACAGGUGUUUUUGUCCGUUUUAGUGUGUGGAUGAUUGUUAAGACGUUUCGCGCAAUUCUCUAACACGGUCGAAUAUAUCUGUACAUAUUAAUUAUUAGUAUGUAAACGCCAAUAGGGCUAAUUUUAUUAUUCAAUUAUUUUUUGCGUUAGUUUCUCCCUUCUCCCGGACGGACGGACAUGCGGAAUUGCGUGAAACCUGUCCCCUUCGAUUCCGAGGAUACACGAUUAUUUGAUUGUUGUUCUUUAUUAAUUUAUAGAUGCUAUGUUGUUGAUACUUGUUUCGGUCCGAUUUGCCGGGACGAGUAUAAUGUGAAGGCGCGUUUUAGGUACACACGCAUUUUUUUACAGGUUUUUUCAAAACAUACGACAGCUCUAGUUGUUUUUUUUUGUAUUAAAUUAGUGUGAACAAAAGUAUUCAAUCAACCCUGUAAUGUACGUUAGACGCUUUUUUUAAAAAACGAGGCUGGUAUGUUUUGGCAAAAUACGAUUUUUGACAAAAAAAUGAAAAACAAAGAUAAAACCGAUGAAAAAUCUGUAAUAUUUAAAAAAUGAAAUUUCGGACGAUGUUGUAACAAAACGGCGAAUGGAUGACCGAAUUUUUACAAUGUCGUAGGCAUAUUUACACAUAUUGUGUAAUUAUGUAAUUUAUCCUGUACAAUAUACAUAAAUAAAUCGUAAGUUCUAAUAA